CCGCCUGCCGUCUGUGCGCGUUCACGACGUCCCGCCGCGUCCGGAGACGUCGGCGCCGUCUCCGCGCUCCCGCGUGUCCGAGGGGAGAGUCGGCUGCUCUGGCCCCUGAGAGGAAUCCGACUGGGGGAGGAAGAAAACGGACAAAAUGUUUCGAUGAGCACCCGUCCAUAAUCGAGCUCUGGACAAUCACCCGGCGCCUCCUGAUUGGACUGGCAUUUUUUUCUUCCCACCUCUCGACGAGUUGCUGUUCCCCGCAGCCGGCGUGGGAGCCGGAGUCGCCAUGGAGACGGUGGUGAUCGUCGCCAUCGGGGUGUUGGCCACCAUCUUCCUGGCCUCCUUCGUCGCCCUGGUGGUGGUGUGCAGACACCGCUACUGCCACCCGCACCACCUGCUGCACCCCUUCGACUCCAAACCCACGGUGGAUCUGAUCGGAGCCAUGGAGACUCAGAGUGAGCAGUCGGAGCUGGAGCUGGACGACGUGGUCAUCACCAACCCUCACAUCGAAGCCAUCCUGGAGAACGAGGACUGGAUAGAAGACGCCUCUGGUUUGGUAUCUCACUGCAUCUCCAUCCUAAAGAUCUGCCACACUUUGACUGAGAAGCUGGUCGCCAUGACGAUGGGCUCGGGGGCAAAGGUCAAAGCGCCGGCCAGCCUGAGUGACAUUAUCUCCGUGGCUAAACGCAUCAGCCCGAGGGUGGACGACGUGGUCAGAUCCAUGUACCCUCCGCUGGACCCCAUCCUCCUGGACGCCAGGGCCACGGCUCUGCUCCUCUCCGUCAGCCACCUGGUGCUGGUCACCCGCAACGCCUGUCACAUGUCCGGCAGCAUGGACUGGAUCGACCAGUCGCUGCACGCCGCCGAGGAUCACAUGGUGGUGCUGCGCGAGGCGGCGCUGGCCUCUGAACCGGACCGAGGCAUGCCGGGGGCCGACGUGCAUAGGGAGCAGGCCAUUUAGAGACGAAGACCGCGGACAUUUUGACAGAAAAAUGGGUUCGUUUUAUCCUUUGAGUUGCCUCUUUUUCUAGAUUCUGUUCCUCAGCUGAUUCUGACCAGGCAAAUACAAGUGUUGUAAAGGCACGUUACGCAAACUUCUGAUCUGUAAACAGGCUCAGCGAUUGGAUGCAAGGACUCCACUCAGUCCCCUUUUCUCUAAAAAAAAAAAUCAUAUUUGCAACAAGGUGAUUCUGGAGAUUACCUUGCACUCACAACAGCUGCAUAGUACCUGUUUUCUAUUCUUUUUUUAGUAACUCUACAGCGGAUGUUUAUGUUUUUAGAGUCGGGCUGUUAAAGAUGUGAGCCGCAUGCGAGUGAAAAGGCCUUUGGGAAAAAACAUUUCUUGUGGAGAGUGCCAUCACCCAGCGGUGGGCCUAAAUCCAAUCUCGCCAGCACUGCACAGUCACAUGGAGGCUUAGUCAGCUAAUCCAUCCUGAGGGAAAAAUAACACCCCGUUAGCUGGUGAGCUCCAACCAGCGGAAGAGUGACCUGACUUUAUGUCCAGUCUGUGGGGUCAGCGUGACUUUAAAAAAACAUCCCCUCAGAUACACUCGUGCUGUUUGAAAUCGCCCGUCUGGGGUGUUUUUUGACCAACGGCGGUCGAUUUAACCACGUCAGCACCAGCGGAGGAAAAGUUCUUCCGUCCCCAGUUUUGAGAAUCAGUUGAGGAACCUGGCGUCUCCUCCUCUCAUCCAUGCUAGGAGUCAGUCCAGCCCUUCGACAUCCUCCGAAUGGCACUGAUGUUCGUAUUUUCUUUUUAGGGUGAAUCCGAAUGACUCGGAUGACCCUCUGACCUUUCCUCCAGCGCCACCACGGACUUAGUCAUGAAAUAGUACCGGUUCUCGAUUGACUGGCACAAAAAUUCUGACAGAUAUUCCACGUUCCGCUGUGGACGAAAUAUAUGAACUUCGAUUGAUUCGCUUUUCGUCCCGUGCCAUCAUCAGGUCAAAAUCUUAAUCUGUCCCAUUCGUUCAUUACCGAUCACAGCUGUGGACUCAAAUCAAAUAUAUCCGCUGUUCUUGUCGACAUGUGACCAGGAAUGGAAAAAAAUCAAUCAAGAUCCAGAUCAAUGUUAGGUACACGAGUUAGUGGUGCGGGCGAAGACACUCACAGGUACAGUUACGUCCUGGUGUUUCGUCGUCGUCUCAUGAUGAGGAUGUUUUUUGAACAGUGCGCGUUGAUCCAGGUGAAGCAGAAUUGUGCGUGUCGUGCUUUUAAGGCCACCGCGACGUUACUGGAGCAUGUCUCCCAGUUCCCUCAUGCGCGACUUAGAGUCCGUCCCCGAGGAGCCCUAAUGAGGCAUCACCCCACCGCCACCGUGAACACAUCACACAUGGGCUCAGGGCGACGGCGCACAGAAAAAAGGCAGGCGGACAAACGAACACAUCGCCACAUCGUAUGGUACGACGACUGUUAAAGACACAUCGUAGAAGAUUCACUUCACAAUCAUUCGGCUAAGCAGCAGUUCUGUUAAUCAAAAUCAAAAACUGUAGCUCUGAACAUGCGGAGGUCGCGUAUCGAUCGCGGAGGAAACAUUUGGAAAGUGGUUAUCCUUUUAUUUUAUUCUCGUUUACAUUGUUUAUUAGCACUGAUAUUUUUUUGUUAUUGUAAGCACUCCUUUGUUUUUUUUCUCAUCCUUAUUCGCUGGUUUGUUACUGUCACACACCUCUUCUUGUUAUCUUUCAUUGAUUUGUACAGGUAAAAUGAAGUUUCAUAGGAAAAAUGUGUUUAGUUUUUUUGUUGUUAUUUUUUUUUGCUCUGGACAAAAGCUACAGAGAAAUCCAUGUCUGAUGAAAAAGUCCACACACACCAUACUAAUUUUGACAUAAAUAAAAGUGAAUUUUUUCUUCUUCUUUUUA